AAUGCGAUGAGCUUUGUGGUCCCUUCCAACCCAAACCAUUCUGUGAUUCUAUUCUAAGAAACAUGGAGUUUUUUUGAGACAUUGGCAGUUGCUUAGCAAAGCUGGAUACAGUGAAUGAACUAUGAAUUGCUUCAGCAGGAAACCCAGAAAGAUUAAAAAGUAGGUCUGCAAGCUCUUUCAUCACCUCAUUUGUCCUCUUAUGCUGGAGCACUGACAGCUCUGCCUUUACUUCUGCAAACAGGGGCAAUGAAUCUUGUGUGCUGCAUCCAGCUUACCCUCUGUAAGCUCACAAAGCUUUUCAUUUUUAUACCUCAAAAGCUUUGUAUCGGUUUCGUUGUCCUCUCCGAAGUGUUAAAGCAGCUUCAUCUGCUAUUCAAGGUUUGGCCUCAGGAAACCAGUAAUGAGAUAUGAGGGUACACAUGCCUAGAUAACAGAUUCAAGUAGAUCUGGCUCAGGAGAUAUGUGGCCUCAUGAUGUUGUUGCUUACUCAUAACGGCUGGUGUGUGGGAGCAGAGGGGAUGGGUGUUUCCAUGCCCUCCUGCAGCAGUUGGUUUCAAUCUUGCAGUUGGUUUCAGUCUCCAGCCUUGACAGAGGGUGAACACGGCUGGUUCCAUCCCUUCAGUUCACUCCAGUGUGAUCUUUCUGGAGCCGUCCUGACCCGCCUGCUCUCCCUGUGAAACCAGAGAACUUGUGUGGCUGAGGCUGCCAGACUGCUGCUUCAGCCUAAACCCAUUUAUAUAUUUGUGUCUGAGCUUUUUUUAGGAGGCUGCUGGAACAUUUUUGCAGGUGGGAAAUCUGUUUUUGAGAAACCGGAACACCUUUGUUGAAAUCGUGUACCAGGCUUGAGCUCUGCCUAUAGGCCACACUGUAUCCAAAAUCCCUACCCCAAAAACAAUUUAAAUGGAAACAAGUCAAAAGAGUGGGCAGCUGUUACAUUUAUAGCCAGUACAUGUCUGCAAGCACCACAGUUAUCUUUGUUCUGGAGGGUGUCGAGAAAACUACAGCGCCCAACCUGUAACACUUCAGAAAAUCUCUGGGUGCCUCUGGGCCACCGUUGCCUACAAGUGUCACCUUUCUGUACAAGCUGGCAGAGUUGGCAGUCCUCCCUACUCUUGUGAUUUAGACUAGACCCACAGGCUCUUCUCAGGCUGUUGGCACUGUCAGAGGGUAAAGCUCACCUCAUCCAGUGGUGAAAAAGAACUAUUUGUAGGCACUCAGCGUGUGGAUGGCGACGGCGAUGUCGGUGGAUUGCCUGGGACAGCACGCCGUGCUCUCGGGCCGCCGUUUCCUCUACAUAGUCAACCUGGAUGCACCGAACGAGGGUCAUCGCAAGAUCUCCCGCCAGAGCAAGUGGGACAUUGGGGCAGUGCAGUGGAACCCCCACGACAGCUACGCCUACUAUUUUGCAGCUUCAAGUAAUCAGCGAGUUGACCUGUAUAAGUGGAAGGAAGGCAAUGGGGAAGUUUGCACAUCACUGCAAGGACACACACGUGUGAUCAGCGACCUGGACUGGGCAGUGUUUGAGCCAGACCUACUGGUCACCAGUUCUGUGGACACAUACAUCUACAUCUGGGACAUCAAGGACACCAGGAAGCCCACAGUCUCACUCUCUGCAGUCGCUGGAGCUUCCCAGGUGAAAUGGAACAAGAAGAAUGCCAACUGUUUAGCAACAAGCCACGAUGGGGAUGUCCGAAUAUGGGACAAAAGGAAACCCAGCACUGCAGUGGAGUAUUUGGCAGCUCAUCUCUCCAAAAUCCAUGGUCUGGACUGGCAUCCUGACAAUGAGUACACACUGGCCACUUCCAGCCAGGACAACUCUGUCAGGUUCUGGGAUUACCGUCAGCCUCGGAAAUACCUCAAUAUCCUUCCCUGCCAGGUUCCUGUCUGGAAGGCAAGAUACACGCCUUUCAGCAAUGGGCUGGUGACAGUGAUGGUCCCCCAACUUCGUCGGGAGAACAGUCUCCUUCUGUGGAAUGUCUUUGACCUGAACACGCCUGUCCACACUUUUGUGGGACACGAUGAUGUCGUGCUGGAGUUUCAGUGGAGGAAGCAGAAAGAAGGUUCCAAAGACUACCAGCUGGUGACGUGGUCCCGCGAUCAGACCCUGCGGAUGUGGCGGAUCGACUCCCAGCUGCAGAGGCUCUGUGCUAAUGAUAUCCUGGAUGGAGUUGAGGACCUGAUUGAUGGGAUUUCUCACCUGCCAGAGCCAGACAAGACCCUUCACCCCCAGGAUGCGGAGCCCCAGCAUAACUCUGGACACGGGGAUGAGGAAGCCUUAAAAGAAGAUUUCCUGAAUGACCCUCUGGUGGGAAAGAAAACGGACCAGCUGGGGCUGCCUCAAACCCUGCAGCAGGAGUUCUCACUGAUCAAUGUGCAGAUCCGAAAUGUCAAUGUGGAGAUGGAUGCAGUGAGUCGCAGCUGUACGGUGUCGGUGCACUGCGGCAACCACAGAGUCAGGAUGCUGGUGAUGUUCCCUGUCCAGUAUCCCAAUAACGCUGCACCGUCCUUCCAGUUCAUCAACCCAACCUCGAUCACAGCCUCCAUGAAGGCAAAGCUGCUGAAGAUACUGAAAGACACUUCCCUGCAGAAAGUGAAGCGGAACCAGAGCUGCCUGGAGCCCUGCCUGCGUCAGCUGGUCUCCUGGCUGGAGUCUGUCGUGAACCAAGAGGACAGCACGUCCAGCAAUCCCUACGCUUUGCCAAACUCCGUAACACCCCCCUUGCCCACGUUCGCCCGGGUCUCCAACGCCUACGGCUCCUACCAGGACUCGAACAUCCCAUUUCCACGGACCUCUGGAGCCAGGUUCUGUGGUGCAGGGUACCUGGUGUACUUCACAAGACCCAUGACCAUGCACCGCGCGGUGUCUCCGAUGGAGCCCACGCCCAGGUCCCUGUCAGCUCUAUCAGCGUACCACAGUGGCCUCAUCACUCCGAUGAAGAUCCGCACGGAGACUCCGGGCAACCUGCGUCUGUACAGUGGGAGCCCCACACGCAGCGAGAAGGAGCAGGUCUCCAUUAGCUCCUUCUACUACAAAGAGAGGAUGUCUCCUCGCUCUGCCCGGCGACGUUGGUCCAUACAAGCAAUUAACGACUUCCCGAAAUCAAGGAGGUGGAAAAGCAAACGAGAGGGGACAGAUGCCAACAACAGACCCAUCAAAGCUGCUGGGAAAGUUAUUAUCCAAGAUAUUUCCUGCUUGCUGCCUGUCCACAAGCUGCUGGGAGAGCUCUACAUACUGAAUGUGAAUAAUAUCCAGGAGACUUGCCAGAAGAACGCUGCCUCGGCCUUGGCUGUGGGACGGAGGGACCUCGUACAGGUUUGGUCACUGGCCAUGGUAGCCACUGAUCUCUGUCUUGGACCGAAGUCUGACCCAGAUUUGGAGAUACCCUGGGCACAACAUCCAUUUGGACGUCAAUUACUGGAGUCCUUGCUGGCUCAUUACUCACAGCUCCACGACGUGCAGACCCUGGCCAUGCUCUGCAGUGUGUUUGAAGCCCAGUCCAGGCUACAGGGGUGCCCCAACUCCUAUGGCCCCUUUCCUCAGCGUGCCUCCAACCUGGCCUCCCACAGCCGAUACCCCAGCUUUACUUCCUCUGGCUCCUGUUCCAGCAUGUCAGACCCUGGAAUUGGCACUGGGGGCUGGAGCAUAGCAAACAAAGACACGGAGCAGGCCUCCACUCCCUGGUGCGAGUCUUCUCCGGAUGAGUUCCGCUACGGAAACCUCAUGUAUCCUGAUCAUCGGGAGCGGGAGAAAGACCAGCAUGAGAAAAACAAAAGGCUGCUGGAUCCUGCCAACACUCAGCAAUUCGAUGACUUUAAGAAGUGCUAUGGAGAAAUCCUUUAUCGCUGGGGCCUGCGAGAGAAGCGGGCGGAGGUUCUGAAGUUUGUCUCGUGUCCCCCUGAUCCCCACAAAGGAAUUGAGUUCGGGGUGUACUGCAGCCACUGCCGCAGCGAGGUGCGCGGCACCCAGUGUGCCAUCUGCAAGGGCUUCACCUUCCAGUGCGCCAUCUGCCACGUGGCCGUGCGCGGCUCCUCCAACUUCUGCCUGACCUGCGGGCAUGGGGGCCACACCAGCCACAUGAUGGAGUGGUUCCGCACGCAGGAGGUGUGUCCCACGGGCUGUGGGUGCCACUGCCUGCUCGAGAGCACCUUCUGAGCAGGGGGGACAGCGGAGCCGCCCCGCAGCGGGGUGGAGGAUUUCAUUCCCAAGCCAUGCUGAGUCAGCUCUGCUCCGCGGUGUCCGGAGGGGAUCGUCACGAGGAGCUGAAGCGGGAUGUCCUGGCCACGCGCUGUGGUGAUGUUUACAAGUGCUUCCAGUACUCCUACACUUCCCAGGUUGUUUUCAGACUGAUUUGACUGAAUUCCCUGUGUCCAUUGCUGGCAAUGGAUGCCAGACCAGAAAAACUGCUCUCUCCUGCAGAGGGGUGUGUGAACAUUGGUGCGUUUGGGAUGAGGAGAUGUUUGAAAGCUCCCCUGGAAAGAGCCCACCUGGCAGAGCCAAACUCACUCCAGCGAUGUCGUGUCUUUCCAGGUGCCUCCCUACAGGGGCUCAAAGUGAGCAAAACAGUUGUUUUACACACCUUAAGGCAGACAUAAUUCUCAACCAACAGUGAGCUCUAAAGGUGAGCUGUAAAUGGCGGUUGGAGAGCAAAUAGUCUGUGAGACUGUGCUCAGAGUUACUUAUUUUGAAUGGCUGUUUACAUUGUUUAGAUUUCCCCAUAAAGCAAGAGAAGGAAAUGGCAUUUUUCAGCAUUACUUCUUAAAUAGCUUCCUGCUCACUGGUCAGUACCUGUGGCUGGUGCAAAAAGCCCAGCCAAGCACCCAAGGUCCCUGGGAUUAGUUGCUUCCAGCAGUUUUAGUACUGCGAGGCUUUAAGGUGUCUCCAUCUCCUGCUCUGACCAGGUGAAAAAAUGCACUUUAACCUGUCCCUGCCUUGUAGCUGACACUUCCUGGUGACUGGGAAAGGCACCUGCCUUUGAGUUUGGGAUCCACAUUGUCUUUCCAUAGAUGGUGGCAUAUUGGAAAGCCUUUGCUUCCUCACUGAGAAAGCACAAGGACACUGGUUCCAUGCAACUCCUUUUGGCUGUUGUCUCCAAGCUCUACGGGGAAAAUUAUGGAUAAUUUGAGAUAUGCUGCUGCUGUGCUUGAGUGAUGAGGCUCCUGAGCCAGGGAGGCUGCAGUUUCUAGGGAAAAAGGGGUUUUGGAAGCAUGGUAAGAUCCAGGGAGGCAAAAAGUUUAUGCCCUUUCUCCCUGUGGACCUUCAAUUGGAGAAUGUAUGGAUCUGUCUGUUGGGACCGUGCCCGCUGGGCACUCCCAGCCCGGGGACGCUGCUCUGUGGGGAGUGCACACCUGGAGCUCUCAGCCUGAGCUCUGGAUUUGGGCGAGUGUGUGGUCAGGGAUGAGCCCACCGGGGCUGCCCCCACCCGUGCCAGAGCUGAUCCCUCCCUCUGGGCCCCCCUGCCAUGCCCGCUCCCAACCCCUGUGCUAGCUCAGGCUGUGGGAUCCUGCUGUGGAAUAAACAGAUGUUGUAUCUUAAAACAUUAAAAUUAUUUUUUUAA